AUGGACGAUAUCUACAUCGACGACGUGGCAUUUGUUAUCGGGUCGGUGGUGCUCGCUGCCCUGGCGUGCUUCAUCACUCUCUAUUCCAAGACAGUCGUGCCAUCCCAGAUCGCCUCGACUUUUGACGAGAACCUGGGAGCCGUCAAGCAGAACGUCAAUGAUAAUACUGAUGACGACAAGUCUGGAGGCGCCCAGCUGCUGCAGACGCAAGAUCCCCCGCCUCCAAACGUCUACUAUUCGGCCGCUGGAAGCGGUGUUGCCGAAGUCAGCUAUUACUUUCCGUCCAAGACGCUAUUUCGAACAUUCUUUUGUUGCAUCGUGGCUGCAUUGUCCCUGAAGUUUCUGAAUCCGAUCGGAACGUCCAAGUCCGUUACAUCACCGAUUGGCGUUUCUUCGAGCUUUUCAUAUUCAUCUUGCUGGGCUCGUCACGUCUGCACCAUCUUUUCAACGAGGCCGGUAAAACAGUGA